ACCGGCCAGGCACUUGGCAUUUCGCACUUUGUCAAUCCAUAUUCUGAAACGCGGCAGACCUGAUUCGACUGCCGAAUUAUACAUGUGUAUAUGUAGAACCCUGGGGACCUGCAGUCUCAGUAGCCGCAACCAAUCUUCGCUCACGAGUUUGUUAUCUGGGUAGCCAUGGCCACCACAUUGAAGAUGUUGACUGCACGUCAGCACAUUCAGAACAUCAGCGCUGCCUCAGAAGUGCAACCGCACUGGGGAUACGCAGACCGCGUGGUACCGUGUGUCAACGAUGCCGGAUCCUGCAAGUAUCUCGAUGUCGUGUACGCCGCUCACGACAUUGGUAUGUACUAUACCGGUAUCAUCUGGGCGACCAUCGGUGGCAUUCUCAUCAUCUGGGGAAUCGGCCGGCAUUUCAUGCGCACUCAUCCAUCAGGCGUUGUACUGCCAGCAGAGCUCGCAGGAGAAGGCGUGAACAAGAGAAAGAAUGCAGUUCAGAGGUUCGCAACCGCAGUUCCGUCCUACGCCCGGUCCUACCUACUUCCGGAUGCCAACCGCUUCAUCUUCGGCCGUGUCACUCGUACUCAGGUUUUGACGCUCGUGGUAUUGACUGGCUACCUCACCAUCUGGUCCUUCGUUGGUAUCGUCUAUGGGACAUGGAUCACGCCUGUCAAGAGCAAGCCCGGUCUUUACAACACUCGAACAAGUCUAGGACCGUGGUCUGAUCGCGUGGGUGUUAUUGCUUAUGCUUUGACUCCGCUUUCCGUCAUGCUAUCGAGUCGCGAGUCGAUUCUGUCUCUGGUCACUGGGUUGCCAUACCAAAGCUUCAACUUCCUCCACCGCUGGUUGGGAUACCUCAUCUUCGCACAGUCCUCACUUCACACUAUUGGUUGGUGCAUCAUUGAAAUCAGGCUGUACAACCCGCAGCCCUCCACUGGACUGAAUUGGAUCCGCCAGCUGUACAUGAUUUGGGGCUUAGUGGCUAUGAUCCUUCUCACUUUACUUGUCAUUCUGUCCACGCCCUGGGGUAUCCGCAUGACCGGGUAUGAGGCUUUCCGCAAGAUGCACUACAUUUUGGCCAUGGUCUACAUUGGUGCAUGCUGGGGCCACUGGGAGCAACUGAAGGUUUUCCUCAUUCCUGGUUUAGUCGUUUGGCUCAUCGACCGCGCUAUCCGCCUCGGCAGGUCCGCGUUGCUCCAUUACAACUUUCUUCCCUCAGGCCACAUGGGUUUCCGUGCUGCGCCUGCAGACAUCACCUUCUUCAAGGAUGAGACCAGCGGCGACGUCGUUCGUCUGGACUUUGACCACCCUCAAGAUGCCUGGGCCGUCGGCCAGCAUUUCUACCUCAUGUUCCCUGAGUCUAGCAUCUGGCAAGCGCACCCCUUCACCCCGCUCAGCCGUCCGGUCUUUGGUGCCGACACCCAGCGCCAUUCAUACAUAUUCCGUGCAAAGAAGGGUGAAACCCGUAAGAUUGCCGAGCUCUCAGCGAAACGCAUUGCUCGCUCUUCGGAUCCGCAAGAAGCCAACGAAGGUCUUAUGGGCAACGCUCGCCUCUCUGUCGUCUUGCAGGGACCGUAUGGCGAGCAAACCAUGCGCGACCUCGCUUCCGAUUCCAACAUCCUCUGUGUCGCCGGUGGUACAGGCAUCACAUACGUCCUUCCCGUCCUCCUUGACAUCGCCUCCCGUCCCCAAAAUCGCGACCGCAAACUCUCCCUCGUAUGGGUCAUCCGCCAUCGUUCAGACAUCGAUUGGGUAGCGCCCGAGCUUGCCAUCCUCAAGCGCAAAUGCCGCAACCUGCGCACCGGGCUUCACAUUUACGUCACUCGCGCAGCUGAAGACCACUACCACGAACCUAAUGUGCCUACUGCGGCUGAGAAAGUGACGACAUCCGACUGCUCGCCCGAAAAGGGCAGUUGUUGCGCGUCUGGCCAGGGCGGUAGCUGUUGCGCGCCCAACAACAUCACAAUUCAGCCCAAGAGCUGCUGCCAGGACAAAGAAAUCCAGACCAUCUCAAACUCGACCGAUUCUUCCGCCGUAUCUGUCUCCUCGGCGCUGUCUGUUCACGGCGUGUCGAAGUCUGAGCUUAACCUUGACCACAUCCAGGCACGUCCUGAUCUGAGGCUUACGGUAGAGGACUUCGUUGCUUCUACAGUAAGAGGCCGCACAGACAUUUUUGCGUCUGGACCCGGCGGAAUGAUCAGCGAUCUGCGCACAAUCAUUGCUGGUGUGAACAAGGGUGGAGAGGUUUGGAAGGGCGAAGAGAGAUGGGACGUCAGGUUGACAUGUGAUGACCGACUGGAGUGGUAGAGGAUCGAUUAGAGUAGAUAUUGCGCUCAUGAUACCCCAAUGCAGUUUUUUCAGU